AUGUCUGAGGCUGACUCCUUAAGUUUACAAGACUUUGAGGAUUCUGGAUCCGAGUACGCUCCUACACAAAGUGAUUCAUCAAUUUCAUCGCUUUCUUUUGAAGAUACAUUACCUAGGCCAUUGGGAAUUGUUGUUACAGAGUCCCAGAUAGAAUUACCAGAAAAUGAAAGGCCAAUUGAAUCAGCAGUUGAAGUUGAAAGAAUAAAUGAAUUGAAAACACCUACGAGGAAAAGAAUUGCCAACAAAUCGAAAUGGAAAAAACACGUAAGUAAAGUUCAGCGAAAUUCAGGAAAAUGUUAUAAGACUGUAAAAGGAAUUGUGAAGCCAGCUCGAACGCUAAAUGCACUUGCAUGUCCAUGUCCGUUAAAAUGUCAUCAGCAUUUCAGUGAGAGUAUUUUGCGAAGUAUUUUUGAAAAUUUUUAUAAAAUUGCUGAUCAUGAUUUGCAAAAUGCGUAUUUAUGUGGACAAAUUGGAGUUAUUGAAACAAAGAGAUCUUAUAAGAAGUCUUUGGGCGAAAGCCGUAGAUUUAGUACAAGAAUUUACAAACUUCCUGGUGUCAACAAUGUCGGAAUGAUUGUCUGCAAAAGAUUUUUUAAACAGAUUCUACAGGUAACUGAUGGUCGUAUUACUCGUGCACUCAAGCAUAGAACACCUGGAAGUGGAUCAACAACACAAAUUUUGGACCAAAGAGGAAGGCAUCCACCUCAUAACAAGACGACCGUUGAAGCUACAGAACUCAAAAUUUUAAUUUGCAUUUUCGAGCUCCAGUUUCUGACAGUUGCAAGAAAUGCGAUUCUUAAUGUAAAAAUCGAGGCUGCAGAUGAUCCUUCUGAAAAGCAGAGAAUAACGAGCGAAAGAGAUUUACACCACCGAAAAGCUGAAUCAGCUAGAAAUUUGCAACGUGAUAGCUGGUUUCAUACACAUCAUCACCAUUCACACCCCCAUCACCAUCAUCACCACCAUCAUCAUCAUCCACAACUAGAAGACCUCGUUUAUCCAGGACAAGCUCACCACCAUCCCUGCAAAUUCGGAUUAGAAAGUUCCGAAGGAUAUUUAAACUCAAGGUAUAAUGCUAACGUCAAAGGAGUUCGUAAUGAAAGAACAUCAUCUUUUUUCGACAUACCUGCUGUGACGCAUCCCUAUUGCUACAGAUUCCCGUCAACAACUCCAACUGGGAUGCUGAAGAAGACCGAUGAUGGUACCAACUUGGAUGUGUCUUUUGGAAGUAAUUCGCCUGCGCUGUCAAUGAGCCAUCAUUUCCAUCACCAUACAAAAAUUGAACAUCCUGAUUCAACUACAGCGACGACAACGGCAACGGUGGCGACGUCAGUGAACAACAAUUUGAAUUCCUUACAUCCUUCUGCCCACCUGACAACCGCGAAAUCAUCAGAAAACAGUUAUCCUUCCUACAACAGCGGAUAUAAUAUUCAAAGGGUUGGUGAAUCCUCCACAGUGAGUUCGUCUGAAAGCGAAAUUAAAUAUGAAAACGCCUACAACCCAUCCGCGUAUACAUUGCGUCCAGUCGAGUCUUCCCUCGUCAGUUCCACAGAGUCCGAAAUAAAGUUCGAAAAUUUAUAUACCAGCUGUAAUCCAAUAUCAGGUAAUACAAUCAACCAACGGCGUGGUUCCCUGCAGUUGUGGCAGUUCCUUGUUGCAUUAUUGGAUGAACCUUCGACCAGCUCCAGUUGCAUUGCAUGGACUGGCAGAGGAAUGGAAUUCAAGUUGAUUGAACCGGAAGAGGUAGCUCGACGAUGGGGAAUACAGAAGAACCGACCAGCUAUGAAUUAUGACAAGUUGUCUAGGAGUCUCCGAUACUACUACGAAAAGGGAAUCAUGCAAAAAGUCAAUGGAGAAAGAUAUGUUUAUAGGUUUGUCUGUGAUCCUGAGGCAUUGUUCAAUAUGGCUUAUGGUCAUCUCAAUGCAAAAGGACAAUGCGAAAGUCACUUUAUGCCAACUACUGGUGUGAAGACAUCAGUAAAUUCUUUGGACCACUUGAAUUUGGGAAGGGACAUUGAGCAUUCGGAUGUUAAGUCGGUGUCGGACUCUCUGUAUUAUGGGGAAUCCUUACAAAAUAAGUACUAACUUCCAGAAUGAUAAAAUUAUAAGAAUAUAUUACUGUGGAAU